ACUUAACAACAAAUGCUCUCCGGCCGCCCGAAGCCCAAACGAUAAACACUCUUGUUACCAUUUUGCUCCUCAUUCGAUCCCUGAUCGCUGACUCGUCACAAUAUCCACACACCAUUCCAUUUUCAAAUCUGUUUUUUGUUUUUUUUUUUUUUUUUGAAAUUCGAAAAUAUAUUUUUGAAACGUUUCUUUGGCCGGAUUCGUGUUCCAUCGAAUCGAAUCGAGUCUCAAAUCACUUCCUAAUGGCCACUUCCGUCCCGAAACGUUUCCCUCCGGAACCCAAAUCACCGAUGUCCGUGCCACGAAUAACGGUAUCGCGUAAUCCCACAGGGAUCGGUAAGCCGGCCAUAUCCGGGACACCGGUCCCCAAGUCCCCGGACGGACUGACCUCGAUGGUGGCCAGGAAGAGCAUCACAUCUAUGUCCGAGGAGGAGAUCAUCCAGGAGAAUCUAAACGAGAUCCUGGACCUCAAAUCGCGAGAGGAACGUAAAGCCAAUGGACGCCUGGUUGCCGUCAUUGUCUGUUUUCUAGUCCUCUUUCUAGCUGUCUAUCAUGCCUGCGUUAGGAAAACGGAGAACUCAUUGGCAGGAGUCCUGGUUCCGGCGGGGAUUAUGCUCUCCUACGGAGCCUGGGUGGUGGUUCUGGCCAAAAGGGACAAGCACAGAAGAGCUAUGUUUGAGCGUCACAUUGAGGAAGUGACUCUGAAGAACAAGACGGAGCUGGAGGAGAAGCAUGCCCGGCAUGCAAAGCAGGCAGCAAGUGGACACUCCGGCAAUGGACACUCCGGCAGUGGACACUCCGGCAGUGGACACUCCGGCAGUGGACACUCCGGCAGUGGACACUCCGGCAGUAGCCAUUCCCGCACAGCAUCCACGGAGCAGUUGAGCGGCAGUGUCAGUCCCAUGAGCACCCUGCACUACGUGAACGAGCUGCUACCCAACGGAGAUCACCGCCGGAAGCAGCGACGCCAUCGGCACAAGGACCGCCAUCCGGAGAAGGAUCAUCCGGAUCAGCGGCAGCGUCAUCAUCAAAACAAUCCGGAUAUCGGAGUACAUCGCAGUAUUGGGAACAAGAGGCCCAGUAUCCGGCAGAAGCUCUUCGGUCAGACCAUUUCGCACGUGAAACUGGUGGAGGCGCAAAGUGACAGCACAGACAGUAGUCCCGGCAUAGUAUCCGGACACACCUCCAAGCCCAUCCGACCAACCCAUACAGUCAGUCCCACCGAUCCCGGCGAGAAGCGAUCCCAGCGACUAGUCAUGGAGCCAUAGGAUCCAUUCGGAAGAGCUGGAGGGGGGGUUAGGAUGGAAUGGUAUAAGAUGGGAUGGGAUGGCCUCGCUUCUGUAUCGCGUAAAUAAAUGUAUUAUAAAAAAUAUAAACAGGAAAUUGGACUUUAUUAUUAGACGGCAAUCAAAGAAAGGAAACGAUCCCCGAUCUUCGAAUCGAGUCUGCGAAAUCAAAUGCUAAACACGUGAGAAUUUUAUUGUGCGUUCAGUGUUGCGCAAAUUCCAUUUCCCUACACCGGAAGAAAAAUAUUUUACAAAUUUAUUUUAAAAGAAAUUCAAAAUAUAGAAGAAAUCUGAAACUAAAAAGGAGUUUUUGAAUUAAAUUUGAAGUAAGUUUUAUGACUUUUUAAAACAAAAAAGUUUAGAAAAGAAACCUUAUUAAU